UCUUCUUCCUCUCUCCUUCUCCCCCUCAAACAUCUCCCCUCUAAGUCUCUCUUAUAACUCUCUUGGCCACACCACUGAACCUCCGUGACUCAAACUGGCCUCUUAAGCAACCCAAAACACCUCCCAUUAACUAGAUACCCAUCUUCCUUCUCGUUCAUUCUUUCAAUGGCGUUCUUUAAUUUUCUCUUCGCUCUCAUUCCUCUUCUCCUUCAAUUAUCUGCAACAUCGCAACAACAAACCGCUACAACUUCGACCCAUUCUACCCAAAUAAACUCUAAUUCAGUCCUCGUUGCGCUUCUCGACUCGCAUUACACUGAGCUCGCCGAACUCGUCGAGAAGGCCCUUCUGUUGCAGACUCUUGAAGAAGCCGUCGGGAAACAUAAUAUUACCAUUUUUGCUCCCAAGAAUGAAGCUCUUGAACGGGAUCUCGAUCCCCAGUUCAAGCGGUUCUUGCUCGAACCGGGAAAUUUGAAGUCUUUACAGACUCUCUUGCUUCACCACAUUGUUCCUUCGAGGAUUGAAGUCAUAGCGACCAAGACGGAAGGUACUGAGUCAACUUGGCACCACACGUUGUCGAGUGACUCGGUCGAGUUAACGGGUGAAGAUUCGGGUGACAAGUUUAUUAACCAAGCUAAAGUUAUUCACCAGAAUGCCGUGCACCGUCCGGACGGUGUGAUUCACGGCAUCGAACGGCUGCUAAUCCCUCGAUCUGUUCAGCAGGAUUUCAACAACCGACGCAGUCUCAGUUCAAUCUCGGCUGUUAAACCGGAAGGUGCUCCUGAGGUCGACCCGAGAACACACCGAUUGAAAAAGCCGGCACCACCUGCGAAACCCGGUUCACCUCCCGCCCUUCCGAUUUACGACGCGAUGGCGCCCGGUCCAUCACUGGCUCCAGCUCCAGCCCCCGGUCCAGGUGGGCCUCACCACCACUUUAACGGGGAGAAGCAAGUGAAAGAUUUCAUUCAGACACUAUUACAUUACGGAGGCUACAACGAAAUGGCCGAUAUUCUAGUAAAUCUCACAUCGCUGGCCACCGAAAUGGGCCGGCUCGUAUCGGAGGGAUAUGUUUUAACUGUUUUGGCGCCCAAUGACGAGGCCAUGGCUAAGCUCACCACAGACCAGCUGAGCGAACCGGGCUCGCCGGAACAGAUUAUAUAUUACCAUAUAAUCCCGGAAUAUCAGACUGAGGAGAGUAUGUACAAUGCGGUAAGAAGAUUCGGGAAAGUGUCGUACGAUACGCUGCGUUUGCCACACAAAGUCGUGGCUCAGGAGGCUGAUGGGUCUGUGAAAUUCGGUCAAGGUGAUGGAUCUGCUUAUUUGUUCGACCCCGAUAUUUACACCGAUGGCCGAAUUUCGGUUCAGGGAGUUGAUGGGGUUUUGUUCCCGGUAGAAGAGACGACGACUAAGAAAUCGGAAAGUAAAAAAAGCAUUAAAGUCGCUGUAAAACCGAAAAGAGGAAAAUUACUUGAAGUAGCAUGCCAGAUGCUUGGUUCCAUUGGACAAGAUUCCCAUUUCAGCACAUGCCAGUGAACACAACCCCCACUCAUUACAUCACAAGGAAAAACUUCAAGCUUGGAAAAGGGUGGUGAAAGCAAUGUAAAAAGUUUUUUGGUAUGAGAUUGCGACUUGCAUUUCCUCUACGGUAGGGUAUAAAAUUUCUUGUGGCUGGCAGGCAGGCAAUCAAAAUUGAAGAAAGGGCAAAUGGGAAAAGAAAAGUAAUUGGUAAAGUUGUGCUGUUAAAUAUCCAAUUCCAAUUCUUGCUUGGGAAGUAAAGGUUGGCUAUGUUAGUUAAAGUUACCCAAAAAGGAACAAGAUUUUUGUAUUUUUAUUUUCAUUAUUUUUUGUGUGUAAUGUCAAUAUCAUGAAGGUGAGGUGUCAAUUGUUGGUUGGUUAGAAGGGGAUUAAUUUUGUGUGACUACUGUUAAUUCUACCAAGUGGGCAACCCACUUAAUAAAGGAGUCGACAAAAAAGUAUGUGGGAAUAUUUAUAAUUAAAUAAAAAAAAUUACAUUGUGUUCA